CAAUCUCCCCUAGACUACAUCCAAGGCUCAUAAAAUGGGGACUAGCUACUUCUGUCUUGACGGAUGCCCCGUGUGAAUCCAUGUUCGUCACCCCUUCUCUUUCCUUUUAAUUUUUCAACAGUGUUUAAAAUGAAGAAGUUUAAUUUCCGAAAAGUUUUGGAUGGUUUAACUGCCUCUUCCCCUGGCAGUGGCAGCAGCAGUGGCAGUAACAGCGGUGGGGCUGGAAGUGGCUCGGUGCAUCCAGGAGGGACUGCAGGGGUUCUCAGAGAGGAGAUUCAGGAAAGCCUGACUUCAGACUAUUUCCAGAUCUGCAAGACAGUUCGGCAUGGUUUUCCUUAUCAGCCCACAGCACUGGCCUUUGAUCCAGUCCAGAAAAUCUUGGCUAUUGGAACAAGAACAGGUGCUAUACGAAUACUUGGGAGGCCUGGUGUUGACUGUCACUGCCAGCAUGAAAGUGGUGCGGCUGUCUUGCAGCUCCAGUUCCUGAUCAAUGAGGGUGCUUUGGUUAGUGCGAGUUCAGAUGACACACUUCAUUUGUGGAAUCUGAGACAGAAAAGGCCAGCCAUUCUUCAUUCUCUUAAGUUUAACAGAGAACGAAUUACUUACUGUCAUCUACCUUUCCAGAGUAAAUGGCUCUAUGUUGGAACAGAAAGAGGAAAUACACAUAUUGUAAAUAUUGAAUCUUUCAUUCUUUCUGGAUAUGUCAUCAUGUGGAACAAAGCAAUUGAACUAUCCACCAAGACUCAUCCAGGCCCAGUUGUUCAUUUAAGUGAUAGCCCAAGAGAUGAAGGGAAACUUUUAAUAGGUUAUGAAAAUGGUACUGUAGUAUUCUGGGACUUGAAAUCUAAAAGAGCAGAACUGAGAGUUUAUUAUGAUGAGGCUAUUCAUUCAAUUGAUUGGCAUCAUGAGGGCAAACAAUUCAUGUGCAGCCAUUCGGAUGGUAGCUUGACUUUAUGGAACCUGAAAAGCCCAAAUCGUCCUUUCCAAACCACAGUUCCACAUGGAAAAAGUCAAAGAGAAGGAAGAAAGUCUGAGCCUUGUAAGCCAAUUCUUAAAGUAGAGUAUAAAACUUGCAGGAACAGUGAACCAUUUAUAAUAUUCUCUGGUGGGCUGUCAUAUGACAAAGCUUGCAGAAGACCAAGUUUAACCAUCAUGCAUGGAAAAGCAAUUACAGUACUUGAAAUGGAUCAUCCUAUUGUUGAAUUUCUAACUUUAUGUGAAACACCCUAUCCAAAUGAAUUUCAAGAACCCUAUGCUGUUGCUGUACUUCUGGAGAAAGAUCUCAUCGUAGUUGAUCUGACACAAACCAAUUUUCCAAUCUUUGAAAAUCCAUACCCAAUGGACAUUCAUGAAUCACCAGUUACAUGCACAGCAUAUUUUGCCGAUUGCCCUCCAGAUUUGAUUCUAGUACUCUAUUCUAUAGGAGUCAAGCAUAAAAAGCAAGGAUACAGUAGUAAGGAAUGGCCAGUCAGUGGAGGAGCUUGGAAUCUUGGAGCACAAACUUACCCAGAAAUUAUUAUUACUGGUCAUGCUGAUGGAUCAAUAAAAUUUUGGGAUGCCUCUGCAAUGACUCUGCAGAUGUUGUACAAGUUAAAAACUUCAAAAGUAUUUGAAAAGCAGAAGGUAGGAGAUGGCAAACAAGCGUGUGAAAUUGUAGAGGAAGAUCCAUUUGCUGUGCAGAUGGUUUACUGGUGUCCAGAGAGCAGAGUAUUUUGUGUAUCAGGAGUCUCUGCAUAUGUCAUAAUUUAUAAAUUCAGCAGACAUGAAAUUACAACAGAAAUUGUGUCAUUAGAGGUACGACUUCAGUGUGAUGUUGAAGACAUUAUCACCCCUGAGCCAGAAACAAGUCCUCCAUUUCCAGAUCUCUCCUCUCAACUCCCCUCUUCAAGGAGUCUUUCCGGAAGCACUAAUACUGUGUCUAGUGAAGGGGUGACGAAGGACAGCAUCCCGUGCCUCAGUGUUAAAACAAGGCCAGUGCGGAUGCCACCGGGCUAUCAAGCAGAUCUUGUUAUUCAGUUGGUAUGGGUCGAUGGUGAGCCUCCUCAGCAGAUUACCAGCCUUGCUGUAAGCUCAGCGUAUGGAAUAGUUGCAUUUGGAAACUGCACUGGGUUGGUUGUGGUGGAUUUCAUACAGAAGACAGUACUAUUAAGUAUGGGAACCAUUGACCUCUAUAGAUCAAGUGACUUGUACCAGCGACAGCCCCGGUCUCCUCGAAAAAACAAGCAGUUCAUUGCAGACAACUUUUGCAUGCGUGGGCUGUCUAACUUUUAUCCUGAUUUAACGAAACGGAUCCGUACUUCCUAUCAGAGCUUAACAGAGCUGAAUGAUAGUCCAGUUCCCCUGGAACUCGAGCGCUGCAAGUCUCCCACUUCAGGACUUGCCACCAGAACUCCUGAGGCAGCACCAGGCUUUUAUAGGAAUGAAAUGCCAGCUGGGAGACAGAGGAAUCAAGUACACCACUUGCCAGACCAUGUAAAUGGACACUGCACAAGUCCAACCUCUCAGAGUUGCAGUUCUGGAAAACGUCUUUCCAGUGCUGACGUUUCAAAAGUAAAUCGCUGGGGUCCUGGAAGACCACCAUUUAGAAAGGCACAGUCAGCUGCUUGCAUGGAGAUUUCUUUACCAGUUACAACUGAAGAAGCCAGAGAGAAUUCCUAUAACCGCUCCAGGAGCUCUAGCAUCUCCAGUAUUGACAAAGACUCCAAAGAAGCAGUUACAGCUUUAUACUUCAUGGAAUCCUUUGCACGGAAGAACGACUCCACCGUUUCGCCUUGUCUGUUUGUUGGAACUAGUCUGGGAAUGGUAUUACUCAUCUCUCUGAACCUACCAUCAUCAGACGAACAAAGGUUUACAGAGCCAGUGAUGGUAUUGCCAAGUGGUACACUCCUCUCACUGAAAGGAGCUGUGCUAACAUUUUCCUGCAUGGACAGAACUGGCAGCUUAAUGCAGCCUCCACAUGAAGUAUGGAGGGAUCCGAACAACGCAGAUGAAAAUGAGAAAACGUGGAAGCGGAAAUUGGUUAUGAACUACUCCAGUGCAUCCCAAGAAACAGGCGACCAUCAGUAUGCAAUAAUCUGCUCAGAGAAACAAGCCAAAGUCUUCUCACUGCCAUCUCAGACCUGCCUUUAUGUUCACAACAUCACAGAGGCCUCUUUCAUACUGCAAGCAGAGGUGGUGGUCAUGUGUAACAGUGCCUGCUUGGCCUGCUUUUGUGCAAACGGGCAUAUCAUGAUAAUGAGCUUACCUAGCCUUCGCCCAAUGUUGGAUGUAAAUUAUUUGCCACUGACAGACAUGAGGAUAGCACGGACAUUUUGUUUUACUAAUGAAGGCCAAGCAUUAUACCUUGUCUCUCCUACUGAAAUUCAACGGUUAACAUAUAGCCAAGAAAUGUGUGAUAAUAUUCAGGACAUGUUAGGCGAUUUGUUUACUCCCAUAGAGACACCGGAAGCUCAAAAUAGAGGCUUUCUCAAGGGACUGUUUGGUGGAAGUGGACAGACAUUUGACAGAGAGGAGCUCUUUGGGGAAGCUACAGCCGGGAAAGCAUCCCGCAGCCUUGCACAGCACAUUCCCGGACCAGGUAGUAUAGAAGGGAUGAAAGGCGCGGCCGGAGGGGUGAUGGGAGAGCUGACCCGAGCCCGGAUUGCACUUGAUGAGCGAGGCCAGAGGCUGGGUGAGCUGGAAGAGAAGACCGCAGGCAUGAUGACCAGCGCAGAAGCGUUUUCCAAGCAUGCACACGAGUUAAUGCUGAAAUACAAGGAUAAGAAAUGGUACCAGUUCUAACCAUCAAAAGAAGUUGUGACUGCUUUGAGAAUCCAUUAUUCAGGGAAACCAAAUUUAUUCCCAGCAUCACUAUUCAACUGCUAGAAACCAGUUUCUUCUACAAAAUGUUCCAUUAUAGUCCAUCCGAAGUUAUCAUACGGAGGCGUAUCAAAGGCAAAGCCGCUGUACACCUUGAAAGCUGGAACCCCGGUUAAAAUCCCAAGAUAAUGGCUGAAUUUGUCUUUUCCCCAUGUGGAAUGGAUGCUAUCAUCUUGGCAUGUAAUUUGCUAAGAAUUUGUGUUUGGAAACUAUUGGGGAGUCCUUUUGAUUUGAAAUUUCCUGUACAAACAAAAGCAUUAAUGCACUUAAUGAAAAUCUUUGCAUGAUAAAUUAACAUCUUAAGAGGAAAAGAAACAAAAGCAUGUUAUAUCAGAAGAAAAAGGAUUUAUGGUAAACUACUCUUAUGAAUUGGGCCACACCUGACAAUUUAAAAUUCUGCAUUAGAAGAUAACCCUGCAUUUCAAGUGUACCUGCCAUACCCAUCCGAAAAGGAAUCCAAACAAACCCAGAGUUUUUUCUCAUCUGAAACCUUCCUUAGUAUACUAGGACACUACUGAGUUCUUCUAAGCAAGAGUCUGACUAACGUUUUCCUCCCUCCAUAGCGUCGCACACCAUCUACAGCUCUCCUUAACCAAGGCUGGCCAGGGUAGCAAAGGAUUCCCAGCACUCUUACUCCUGUGUCCGUCACCUGCAGGAUGAGUUCCUGGUUUUAGACAUCAACCGAGCAGGGUUGAUUCACCUCAAAGCAUUUUUUCAGCCUGGUUUAUAGUCUUCAGAGCGAUAAGUUUGCAGAAGCUAGACUAUAGGAAUAAUGCAGUUAGUUUUGAGAACUGAUUUCACAAAGAGUGGAAUUUCACAUACCCCAAUUUCAGUUUCCAAAGCGAUAUAUUUUUAAAGCACCAUUUGUAUCCUUAUCUGCCAGUUACACAGUAUAUUACUGUUCAACCCGAUAGGGUCUACAAUCCCAAGGUGCUUAUGCAGCCUGACAUUCACAGACCAAACUGGUCCUUCUCGUCGAUGUGAUUCAGUAAAACCUCGGUUAAUGUUUUAGGAAAGAGAUUCUGAGUUAUUACAUUUCUGAUUGAUAAGGGCUUUUAUUAGAAAAUUCUUUGGGGUUCAACGCUUAUUCAAGGAAACUUUAUGAAACCUACUGGUAUUUUAGCUUGGCCAUAGUCAUCAUUAUGAAUAACACAAACCCAUAGAUAAUUUAACUAAUUAGAUUGACAAAUUGUCACAGGAAUAUGUUAGUAAAUACCAAACACCUUCUUAAAAUCUCUCAAAAGUAAAGACCAGCUCUAGCAUGAUAAAAUAAUCUGUUCCAACCCAGCAGAGAAGCGCUACACAGAAAAUAAUGGCAACUCCUACUCGCUCUAUUGAACUUGCUUGGAAGUCAGAACAUAGGACUCACCUGACAAUGUGUUGCUCCUUUUUAAAACCUUAAAUUAUGUGGUUGAUUUGUUUACUGGCUCUUGGUGGUUUGAGUCCUCGCUGGGUUGCAUUGGUGUUUAAAACAUAACCAUUUCUUCCAACUUCAUAGACAAAAUUACCAUUUUCAUUUUUAUACUUUUUGUUUUGAAGUGGUGCUUUCUUUAAAUUUUUCUUUGCAAUCUUGAAAAGAGAGCAGAGAUGGUAAAAGAGCUAGAAAAUAUACACUAGAGUACCUUUUCUUAGAACCCUUGAAUUCUUUUCUUAAAAACAUCUCUCCAUAAGUCUACCUUCUGCUAUAGUAUUAGCAUAAGAGAACUUGGCUUGGAAAUACAGACAAUUCACACAUUUAUGCAGUAAAAAUAUUAAUGGAAUUUAAGGCCAGGACCUGGAAAACAUUGGCAGCCAAAUUGCAACACACAAUUUAUAUUAUCUGUUUUAAGAACCCAAAUUUCUGAUUUUUCUGAAUACUUUAACAUUUCUACAUUAUAAAAUGAUCAAAAAGAAUAAAAUAUUUCUUUUGUUUUGAAAUAGUGAAAUUCAACCCAAUGUAGCAUUGAAUUCAAUGACUAUCUCUGAAACUCCCAGGAACUUGCUUUAGAAAUACAGCUCAGGGUAGAAUGCUUGCCCGCCAUGUUCAAAACUCUGGGUUCAAUCCUCAACAACACACACACAAAUUCACUUGUUCUAUAGCAAGAGUUCUCGAUAGCAGCGUCAUUAGUGCAAGUUUUUGUCUAGCAUAUUAUGGGAUGUUAACAGUGCCCUUGACUUCUGCCCUCUAGAUGCCAUUAGAAACCUGCUAGUAAUAACAGUAAAAAGAAAACAAUGACAAAAUUGUUUCCAGUUGAGAGCUACUAUUUUACGUCAUUUAAAGAGAAAGACUGUGAAAUACAUAAUGUAUUUUUUUACAGAAAAUAGUAUGCAACAAGAGCACAUUCUCCUAGCAAGAGAAUUCCCACCCAAAAUUAUGUGUGAUUCAUACAAUAGAGCUCAAUUUUGAAGAAUCGGUGAACUAACAAUUACAGACUACUUCAAAGCACACAGAGAAUAUAUCAAAAAGGGAUAUCCACAGUGGUUGAUAGACAUGCUUAAAAUUCUGACUUCAACAAAUAAAUCAAAAAAUUUAUAAAUAGACAUCAUUUGGAGUAGGUGCUGUGCCAUGCUUAAAAAGAAUAUGUUCUCGUAAAUGUUUAAAGCUUACACGUGCUUACAAAAUUGUUUGCCAAACCCUUUCUUAAUAUAAGAGUAAUUUAUCCCUCAAAUCAAUGAUUAGCAGAAUCUAAAUUAAUGAGGUUUUACUGUAUCAAAAUUAUUUUUAUAAUUCAAAGAGAUAGCAAUAACAAUAAUUUAACCAUGGAUGUGAUUUUUCUCUUUCAGCUUUUCUGUUCUGUUGCAUUAACCUUCACACACACGCACACACACACAUCACCACCACUACCACCACCACCAUUUUGCCAUCAUGGCUAUCCUAGGGAAAUUAGUAGUGUUAUACAUUUAAUCUUCUGCAGUUUCUCAUCUCUCUUCCGUCUUGGAUAGUAAGGAAAACCAUCCUCAGAACUUUAAUAGUGCUGCAGAAGGUGACCCUGAGUCUUGGUUACCAUCUGAUUACAUUGUGUCUAAGAAGCAGCAUCCGAAGAUAAGGCUUGCAAAGCACCCUCUGCACAAGGUGACUUUACCUCCCAUCCUUCCUCGACAGAAAAGCCCUUAGUGUUCCAGCAGAAAAUGGGCCUUUCAUUCUAUUCGCCAAUAAUAUCAUAGAAGAUGUACGUGUUUCCCUGGUUCUCACAGUAACGUAAGCAAUGAUCCUGUUAUGAAACCAUCCACUUGUCCUGGGGCUUGGGUGGAGGGUGAUCUCACUUAUUUCAAUCCCCUGAAAAAGUUGUGUUUCUGACUUUGCUUCUAUACUUCCCUGAGUUCCCAACUUAGCACUCAGUCACCGUGGGGGCCAUUGUGUGUCGUACGAGAGUAACUUCAGUGACAAACUGAGACGGUGUCCAGCAACUCCAUCCUAGAAACAUUUCUCUAACCCAAAAUCUAGGUCUCUAACCUUAAAAAAUUUAAAAAGACCUUAAACAAUGAGGUUCACUUUUAUAUGAUUCAACAGUACUAUUUUAAAGGUAUCAUUUACUCAUUAUCUGUGCCAGUUUGAAAAAAUAAAAGGUAAGAUUAGGCCCAAGAUUGGUUGAAAAUUAAGGUGGGUUCUUUGAGAUACUUAGCUCUCAGGCAUUUGGAUAGAGUAAUAAGAUGAAGCUAGCUGGAAAGGAAAACUAUUAGGAUAUUCUUUGCCCUACAAGCGUCCCUGACCACACUGGUUCACAGAGUACAGUGACAAAGAAAGCCAGCAUGUCAGAUGCAGUCUUACUCUCUGUGUGUUAGGAAAAAUACCAGCUUCACAGCUUCUUCACCUCCUGUCUCUCAGCCUCAUCUUAGGUGGUAGCAUUGUGUAUGCACACUAAUCAGAGUGCCUGAGAUAACUGUCACCAACGUAGGUUGAGCAUUGUCUCUCAUAUGAGAGAUUCUAGGAAGCAAGACAGCUAAAUCAUUUAGUAUUCCUAUCUACAGGCCGCGUAGCCCUGGAUGUAAGAAAAAAGAAAGGUCUCUAGACACUGGGGAGAAGGUGCAGCAUGAGGGGGUGGUGUCGGGAAGGCUAUGAGAGUCUGAGGGAAGUGAGGUUUUGAUUUGACCACAGCACAGGCAAAGGCCUAUGUUUGUUUCUUUUUUUGGCUUGUAACUUUGGUUUGUAUUUUUUAAGUAUAGCUUUGGCUGUACAUAACAAUCUCUUGAGAUUUUUUAAUUCCCAAUGAUUUAAAAAUGUCUUAGACUUGGAACAGAACAUCAGUAUUUUUGAGAGCCCUAAAAGUGGGUCUAUGUCCAGCCAAAGUUGCUAAGCACUGUUCUAUGACCAACUAAGAAAGAUUCUUGCCUUCCUGGGCUGAUUAUUUAGCCCCUUUUAAGGGUUCAGGAAAGGCAGAAUGUAAGAGACACAGCCUUGUCUUGAUUGGCAUUUAUUCUGUGCCUCUCACAGAACAAAAGUGAGCGCGCAUUUCUAGCCAGGCAGCGCCACUAAUUCUUUGUAUCUCUAUAAUAUUAUUCUUUGUGACUUGAUCUUUAGUUAUUUUAAGUCAACAUUGUAAGUUUUGACUGUCUUUUACAUAAGAUACCAGGAAUAUCACCAUAAGUUCAGUGGUACAUAAAGCUUAGUGGUAAAAUUAUUUCUCAAUAUCUGGACAAUGAAAAUUCUCAAAAUUAUCACAAACUACAUCAGCUCCAAGUUUAUUACGCACCCUUCUUCUGGAGCAGACAUAGUGAAUGGCCCUGCUCGGCUGUGGGCAUCUUACUGAAUCUGAUCUCAGCAAACAGAGAGGAUUGUUUGAUUGUUGUCUCAACAGCAGGGCUGCUUGAUUUAUUGGGAAUGUGAGUGCAGGGAAAGUCACCUUCUGAACACCAGGGCCCUGAAAACGUGUUCACACCACGGAGAGGAUGGGUCCAGCCAGGGGAAGGCAGCCAAUGGAAGGCAAGGACACACAGAAAUUGUUCUGACCGCUCUCCCCUUGUACCACGCCCCCUCCUGUCUCGGCCCACCCUUCUCAACUGCAAAGCCAGAAGAUACACUAGGUGGUGGUUUGGGAUAGUUGUACACAGGUUCAAAAUCUCUAAUAACCUAUAAUUUUUAGUACUUAAUUAUGUGAUGUUUUAUUCUAGGAAAUAAGAGACAGACAACACCAUUGAUGUAUCUUUCUUUCAUCUUCAGAAUUUUUGCAUCUUUUCAAAAAAAAUGACAAAUUACUAUUUUUCUGUUGCAUUCAGCAAUUGUGACUAUACCUAAAAUUCUUGUAGUCUGUAGAGAUAUCAAUAAAAUUGUAUAUGUUUGUACAUAGAUGCUCUCUUAUGUCAUGAUGUCAUGUACUGUCAAUUUUUGCCAAGAUUAAAUGUAUAGAGGUAAA